AUGCGGCCCUCAGUGACAUUUUUCAUCUCAGUACUCGCCGCAGCCACAAAAGAAAAAGACUGCGCCUAUGUCUGGUUCUACCCGAGUGGCACGUGGGACAAGUGGGCAAUGGGCCGUCCAGACGAGGCCAUUGGCAUCUGCGUCGAGGAAGUCGGCGGCUGGGUGUACUACCCCGACCAGAACGGGCAGGACGGCGACAUCCCGGCGAACCGGUGUACCAUCUGCCGCGACGCGAGAAGCGGCACCAAGGACUGUGAUAUCGAUAAUGACUACUUUCGUAUACGGUGCGUUUACUGGCUCGGUGAAAAGUAUCAAAAGAAGAAUCACCGAAUGUGA